AUGAACAAGAAAAUAUUUAAGUUUGCAACACAAGGCAUUGGGCCUGAUGGAGUCACCAGAGGGUAUAAUAAGAUAGAAAAAGUCCCAAGACUCAAGCUUAACAGUAAUUCAUAUGCUCGGGAGUAUCCUGACGAGUCAGAGACUUUUGGUCAGCCACUUUCCUCGAAAGCAUCUGUUAUAAAGAACCAGUCUACGAUGAAAGCUCUACAGAGGCUUACUACUAACCAUGAUGUUGACUCUGAAAUGGUGGAUGAUGAUUAUUCUGUGAUGGCGAAGAAAGCUACUCAGAAUUCACAGUAUAUCAGCCAGGUCUCCAGAGCCUUGAGGGAGGAGUUAAAUGAGAAUGAAGGAGACCCUGAGAUAAACCAGACUGGACCUUAUUACUGAAACAAGCAUCCUGACAGGACACUUGUAUAUUUUUGCUGUAAUUGAUAUGAACUCGUAUGAUCGAAAUGAAUGUUUCAUGAGCAUAACGGCCAUGAGCUGUCCCAAAUUGGGCAGAUUUAUAACAAUGUUACAGAUAAUAUAGCUGCUUUAGCAGCAGAAAUUGAUAACGUUCAUCGAAGAAUUCAGAUGAGCAAGAAUUAUCUAGAGAAGUGAUUGGAGACUGUCAUGAAAAUCAAAAAGAAGCAAGUUAAGAUAAUCGAACAGGAGUUUAAUAAAGUACUGGAAGCUGUAGAGGCAAAAUUUACCAAAGAAAUUAAAUAGAUUCACUGAUCGAGUUGAAAUUUGAAAAAAUUCUGAAGACACCAUUGGCAAGAUUGAGACUGAUUACGCUCAGAUUGUUAACUAUGUAGAUGAGAAUCCUAAUAUUAACGUGCUGAAAAAGAUAUCAGAUAUCGAGAACUUUAUUAACAGCGCAAUAGAAAAUUUGAACCAAACCAAAAGUUUUAAGGUGCACGACUUAAGCAUAACUGAGAAAGUGCGCCCUCUCAAUUCUUACCUUGGAAAUGGAGGUGAUAAGCCACCAAAAUCGCUUAAUUAUAACACUGAAGGUAAUAGAGUAAAUCCAGCUCUAUCAACUAGUCUAACGGGAAAAAUCAUGGACACUUUAAAUAAAAGCAGAGCUGAGUCUAGAACAAUUCCGAAGAUAAAGUCAAAAUUUCCUCAAUCAAACUUCAAAGAUUCACCUAGCUUUCUCAGGAGUAAGAAUAAUACAGACCAUAGGAGGUUGAAGCAAUCACAGACUCCACAUCGGAGUAGGAUGCCUCCUCAUCACCAAUCGACUUUGUCAUUCCAGCGAAGUGGAAUGAACUUUGAUAUGGGAGGUAACCGAGGUUAUAUGUAA